GUAAAAAAUUUAAUUUGUUGUUGCUUAAAUAAAACUAGUGAAAUAAAAGUCCAACACUUUUUAUUGCAGUCACCGCAAAGCAAACAAAAAACCGCACUUGCAGCUUGCAACAUUACACGCCGAUUGCUUGUUGAACGCUGCAAGUGAACGCCGCGCAACCACAGUGAAAAGGUGCCAACUACAACGACAGCAACAACAACAACGCUGGAAAUUGCCAUAAAUGCCGCUGCUGUCAACCAACAACGCAGAAAUUCGACCCGCAGACCCAGAUGAAUGCCCCACUGAAAAUGUUGUUGCACGCCAAAGGCAUCACAAUUUCGGCUGCUUUUAGUAUAUGGCUGAUGUGCUGUUGUUUACCAAGCGCGGAACCACUCGUUGUGCCACAGGAGCUACCCUCCAUACUAUCUCUUAUCUACUCCAAUAUUCCACCCAUAAAAAAAGGUACCGAUUCUCGACUCGGCUUCGGUUUUCGGCUCGGCAAUCAUGCUGACUUCCAAGUUCUACUCGAACUGGGACCACAGAAGAACACACGUCCAAUAGGCGAAGAUGCCGAUUCGGAGAACUCAUUCAAUAAGCGUCAAGUGAGCAAGGCGCAUCGCGCACAUCUGCUGCGCAAACAAGCGCAGGAAGCUUUCAGACAACUCGCGAGCAGCACAACGAGCACCACAACAGAACGCACAGCCAAUAGUUGGCUUGAGAGUUGGUCAAAUGCCAUGCAUACAACAAACAACAAUGCUGCCAGCAGUGCCGGCAUAGCAGCCAGCAAAAAGAAAUCUGCGCCGAAACUCGCACAAAACGCGACGGGGAAAAAGCAACAGCAGCUGGAAAAUUUCACGCCACCGGCCGCCAACACGGCGGAGCAGUCAAUGAUGCAACUGCAAAUGCUCUACCAAAUGGCCACCAGCAGCAGCACAACAACGAAAUCAUCACCAAUAGAUACUCAACCAAGUACCGAGGCGCCAGUUAUGGUUGUAACGCCGGAGCCAGAGUUACAGCGAUUACGUCCGACCUUUGUACCAUAUAAAGGCGGUUCCUUGAACUUAGGCGGACCAGCGGGAUUCACGCCACGCCCACUUGAGGAAUUGGCGCUGCAGACAAUCGCAGAGCAACCGAGUGAGCGCAAGUCGAAAAGCGAAAUAACCAUGGAGUUGAUGGAUGUGAGCCUCGAGCAGGGCGAGUAGCUUUUCAACUAUUCGAAAUUAAAUAAAACUUUU